AUGAACUACAAGCGAAGGAUGGCAGCGGCGGCGGCAGUGAUGAUGGUUGGUGCAGCCAUGGUGAUGGCAUUGGCAGCGUCGGCGGCAGCCCCACUAGUGACUUUCGUGUUUGGGGACUCGUUGACGGAAGUAGGGAACAACAAUUACUUGCAACUCUCCCUCGCCAAAUCCGACUACCCUCACUACGGCAUCGACUUUGAUGCCGCCAAACCUACCGGAAGAUUCACCAACGGAAGGACUAUUGGCGACAUUAUUUCUGCCAAGCUUGGGAUUCCGCCACCACCUCCGUAUCUCUCCUUGUCACCAACAGACGACGCCAUCUUCAGAGGCGUAAACUACGCCUCUGGUGGAGCUGGCAUCCUCAACGACACCGGCCUCUACUUUAUAGAAAGGCUGUCGUUGGACGAUCAGAUAGACAAAUUUGAGAGGACGAAGCUGCAGAUGAGGGCGAAAAUAGGAGACGAGGCUGCCAACAAACUAUGCAACGAAGCAGUCUACUUCAUUGGGAUAGGCAGCAACGACUACGUUAACAAUUUUCUACAGCCAUUCCUCGCAGACGGCCAGCAGUUCACUCAUGAAGAGUUUCUAGAGCUCCUCGUCUCAACCUUAGCCGAACAACUCAUGAGGCUUUACCAAUUAGGCGCGCGGAAGAUGAUAUUCCACGGACUAGGGCCACUAGGGUGCAUCCCAUCGCAGAGAAUGAAAUCCAGCCACGGCCAAUGCCUAAACCAAGUCAAUCAAUGGGUCCAACACUUCAACGACAAAGUGAAGCAACUCAUCACCACUCUCAACUCACACCUUCCUUCCUCCAAAAUGAUAUUUGCGGAUACUUAUCAACCGGUGCUACAUCUUAUCGACAACCCCUCAACAUACGGUUUUAAGGUAUCAAACACAUCAUGCUGCAAAGUAGAGGCCAAGCUAGGAGGGUUGUGUUUGCCAAACUCCAAAUUAUGCGACAACCGAAAUGACUAUGUUUUCUGGGAUGCAUUUCACCCAUCGGAUGCAGCUAAUGUUGUCCUAGCCAACCACUUCUUUAACAUUAUGUUUCCAAACUCCACGCAUUAACUAAAUCACUUCUCAUUUACA